AUGAUAAUAAGAAAGGCAACGGCGAGCGCGUGCACGCAAGACCUCGCCGUGGUCCGCCGACCGGAGCUCCUCAGAGCGGCGAGCUCGGGCCAGCUGCGGCUGCUGGAGGAAUUUCUCAGCAAGGAAGACGGAGGAUCGGCUGCGGCCACUGCGUUGGCCCGGGAAGUCGCCGUUCAUCUGGAGGUGGAGACUCCUGCACUCUACCUACCAUCAGUGGCCACGGAGGGGGCCUCUGCACUCCAUGUGGUUGCGGCCAGUGGAGACAGUCCAGGGUACCUUCAGGUGGCGGAGGCAAUCUGCAGGAAGGCCAGCCAGCUGCUGUUUGCCUGCGACGGUAACGGAGACACGCCGCUGCACUGUGCCGUGCGGGCGGGGAACGCUGAAAUGGCCUCCCUGCUUAUUCGGCAGGCAGACUGCUGCGACCGGGAGAAGAUCAUGCUGAGGAUGCAGAACAAGCGCGGGGAGACGGCUCUGCACGAGGCCGUUCGCUUUGGCCACAAGAGAGGCAUGCGAAUGGUCGAGGUGUUGAUGUCCCAUGACAAGCAGUUGGCCAGUGUGGUUGCAAGGGAUGGUACAUCGGUGUUGUACCUGGCCACCUCGCUACAUCAUAACGACAUCGCUCAAAAGUUGAUUUUUGAGGACAGGGAGCUCGCCUACUCCGGCCCACUUGGACAGAAUGCGCUGCAUCCGGCUGUUCUGCACAGCAAAAGUAAAGUACUCUUCACCCUUAAAUUUAAAUCUAUUUAG